AUGGAUCCUUUUAUGUUGAAUGGUGGCUCUAUUGAGAAUCAAUUUUUCAGAACAGCUCAAAGUUCACAAGCAUCCCAAUCUCUUGUUUCAACUCCAAAUCCAACAGAUAAAUCAUCAUUUACAAAGAAACCAUAUAUAAAACCCACAAGAAUAGAUUUUUCACCUCCAAAUAGUGCAUCAACUUAUGGUAGUUCAUCAAUGACAAAAUUGAAAAGAAGUCAUACAAUUGUUGAUCCAAGUCCAUCAAGUUCAAGUAAACCAUCAUCAUCAUUAACAUCAAAAUUUAAACAAAGAGCUAGAUCUCAUUAUAUAACGGGGAAUCUACAUAAUAAUAAUAAUUUAUCACAAUUUGAUGUUGGGCAUAUUGAUCCUAAUUCAAAUUUCAAGUUAAAUGAUCAACAAUUAAGUCCCAAUUUUUUUGAAAAUCAAGCUACUUUUUUAUCACCUUCACCAAGACAGGAUGAUGAAUUUAAUACUGCUCAAGAUGAAAUAUUUCAACAAGAACCAGAAAGAGAACAAAACUUGAAUAAUUUGGAUGAUGUGGUAUCACAGAUUUUUACAGAUGAGAAAGAUGGAAAACUAGAAGGUGAUCCUAGUGCAAAUGCUCAAAGUGAAUAUUUUGAGGCUUUUGGUGAUAAUCAAGAAUUUGGUGAUAAAGAAAAAGAGGAUAAAGAAGUAAAGUAUAAACAAAAAGAUUUCAAAGACGAUGGUGAUGAAGAAUAUGAAGAUUCUUUUGAAAUUGAUGAUGAAACCGGUGAUAAAAAGUUCAAAACAACAUUUGUUUCAAAGCUGACAAAUGCCAAGUAUCUGACGUGCUCAAUAUUACUUGUUGUAUUGUUAUGUGUCUGUUUGGUGUUGAAUAGUUUCCCGUUGUUCACCUGUCAUCAUACUAAUUCUAUUUGUUUUCCGCAAUUAACCAUACAACUUACAGAUAAAUCACCAGCUGCUAAAAAUGCACUUUUAACAGUAAGAGAAGCAUUAAAAGUCAUUACUUAUUUGGCUAUAGAUUUUGGUGAUAAUACAAGUGAAUUAGAUAUGAUUAAUACUAGACUUGAUAGUUAUUAUCAAAAUAAAGUUAUUGAUACAUUUUCAGUGAAUACAAUUUUCCAUUUGAAUUAUCUAGGAUAUUGUCGUGAGGGAUAUAGACAUGGUAAAAACUUCUGUAUGAGAAGUUAUGGAUUAGAUUUAUUAUCAGUAUUUGUUAGAGAUGCUGGUGUUCAAUUAGGAGAACUUACAAAGACAAACGUUGAUAUUAUGGGUGAUAGUUUUGCAAUAGCUUAUGAAUUGGCCAUUUCAGGAUUUAACGAAUUUUCAAACAAUGAACAACAUGAAUCUGUUGAAUACAUAAAUUAUGCAAUUUUAUUACAAAAAUUGAGUAAAGGUUUAGGGUUUUUAACGGUCUCUCAGUUCUCUGUUAACUGUGCUCUAUUGUUAGGAUCAUUAUUAUUGGUAUUAUUUAAGAAUACUUCAAUUGGAAAAAAAAUGAAACUAUCCACUACUCAUAGGGUGCGGAAAUGGUUAGCAGCUUUGAUGGUUUCAUUAUCAUUUAUAAAUCUAUUGAUUGGGUUUCUUAUGUGUUCUUUAACGUUCGAAUUUAUUUUACGUCUUUCAGAAAUUGGACAAAGUGUUGGUAUUGCGAAUGUAAAUAGAGCUUUAGGAUUUUCAUUUAUUUGGAUAUCUUUUGUUCUUCAAAUAUUUAAUACAUCUUUCAUCGUGUGUUUAGCAAAUGGACUUAGAAAGAAUGUUUAUUAA